UAUUGUCUGUCAUUUAGUUUUUUGCUCUCUCUCUCUCUCUCUCGCUUUCUCUCAGUCUGUUGUGUGGUGAAGCUUCACCUCAGGGAGCGGAAAUGCAGGCUUUAACGGUAACUCACGGGCCGUCUCCGGCGAUUCGGAAGCUAUUUGGUGCGGCGAAUGGUGUUAUUUCAGUAGGAGGUCGGAGAACUUCGGCGGUUACAUUCCGGCGUGGGGCGGUGAAGUGCUGUGCUUCGGAAUCUUCGCGUUUAGAGGUGGAUGAGAAGAGAUUUGUUGACGCGUCGGAGAGGGGAAACGUCAUUCCUCUGUUUAAGUGUAUAUUCUCAGAUCAUUUGACUCCGGUGAUAGCUUACAGAUCCUUAGUUCUUGAAGAUGAUCGGGAGGCUCCAAGCUUUCUGUUCGAAUCUGUGGAGCCCGGUUUUCAUGCAACUGUUGGUCGAUACAGUGUGGUUGGGGCAAGGCCGGCUAUGGAAGUUUUAGCUAAGGAGAACAUGGUUACAAUUCUAGAUCAUGAAUCUGGGCAGAUAAUUGAGAAGCUGGUGGAGGAUCCGAUGACUGUUCCUAGAAGCAUUUCUGAAGGUUGGACCCCUCAGUUGAUCGAUGAACUUCCAGAUGCAUUUUGUGGUGGAUGGGUCGGGUUCUUUUCGUAUGAUACGGUUCGCUAUGUGGAGAAGAAAAAGCUGUCAUUCUCAAGUGCGCCGAUUGAUGAUAGGAACCUACCUGACAUUCAUCUUGGUCUCUAUGAUGAUAUCCUUGUUUUCGAUCAUGUCGACAAGAAAGUUUAUGUCAUUCAUUGGGUACGGUUGAAUAAAUAUUCGUCUGCUGAAAAGGCUUAUGCUGAUGGAAUGGAACGAUUAGAAUCAAUAGUUUCUAAAGUGCAAAGGGUUGAUCUUCCUAGGAUACCUCAUGGUUAUAUUGAUUUACACACCCAUGAAUUCGGACCUCCUCUAAAAAACAGCACCAUGACAAGAGAGGAAUACAUGGGUGCUGUUUUACAAGCGAAGGAACAUAUUUUGGCCGGAGAUAUUUUUCAGAUCGUCUUGAGUCAGCGCUUUGAAAGAAGAACUUUUGCUGAUCCUUUCGAAAUAUACAGAUCUUUGAGAUCUGUGAAUCCAAGUCCAUAUAUGGCUUACAUACAGGGCAGAGGCUGCAUUCUGGUUGCUUCAAGCCCGGAAAUUCUUACUCGCUCAAAGAAGAAACAUAUUGUUAAUCGACCUUUGGCGGGUACAACUAGAAGAGGGAGGACUUUGGACGAGGAUGAGAUGCUCGAGAGGAUGCUUCUAAGCGACGAAAAGCAAUGUGCGGAGCAUACUAUGCUCGUUGAUCUUGGCAGGAACGACGUCGGAAAGGUUUCGAAAUACGGUUCUGUGAAGGUAGAAAGGCUUAUGAACGUCGAGAGAUAUUCGCAUGUGAUGCACAUCAGCUCUACGGUCACCGGAGAAUUGCUGGAUCAUCUUACAGGAUGGGAGGCUCUCCGCGCUGCAUUGCCUGUCGGAACGGUUAGCGGCGCGCCGAAGGUGAAGGCGAUGGAGCUGAUCGACAAGUUAGAAAAAACACGGCGCGGCCCAUACAGCGGCGGCUUCGGAGGAAUCUCCUUCACCGGAGAUUUGGACAUUGCGCUUGCCCUCCGGACGAUAGUGUUCCCCACCAGCCCCCAUCACGACACAAUGUUUUCCUACAAAAAUGGAUCCCAGCGCCGCGAGUGGGUGGCGCAUAUCCAGACCGGAGCCGGAAUUGUUGCCGAUAGUCGUCCUGACGACGAGCAGCUGGAAUGCGAGCGGAAGGCUGCCGGCCUUGCCCGGGCCAUCGAUUUGGCGGAGUCAGCAUUUGUUAACAAAGGGAGCAGCAGCAGCAAUGGUGCGGCGGGAUCUCCAGCGCCGGCGGAAUCUCCGGUCGGUGGAGUCUCUGUUGGGAACUGAUCAGGUAUGGUGGUAAAGAUGAUAGAAAGGUAUAAUUAGCAGCAGCCUCUUUAUAAGGGUAUAGGGAAGAACAGUUUCUGUCAGGUGUGUUUUAGAUUUGUCAUUUUGGGGUGUUUUUGCUUUGUCUUUGAAUUAUCUGACUAUAUGGCAGAGAUAAUAAGAAUAUAUAUAUGUACAAAAAUUACCUACAGAGGUUGGGGCUGCUGCUUUUUGUUGAAUGGUGGAAAAUUUUAAUACUAUUUAUCAAAGAAGAGUCAAAUAUCUUGUUUAUACCUAUCACUUUGAGACUAAAUAGUAAU